AUGACUUCUCAGUCGUCUGAGGCGCGAGGACACCCUGAAGAGAGCUGCCUAGCAACGCUGAGUGACGCGACACAUCUGCUGCAGCAGUCGCAGCAGCAGGAGCAGCUGCUGCUACAGCAGCUGCAGCAGUCGCAGCAGCAGGAGCAGCUGCUGCUGCGGCAGCUGCAGCAGCUGCAGCAACAGCAGCAGCAAGGACACCAAGAACCGCUUACUGCACACAAGCCUCAGUCAUGCACGUCAGCCGCGGCUGCUGCUGAGAUUCACUCUCCAGUGGGGCCCCACGAAGACAGCCAGAAGCGGCAGCAGCAGCAGCAGGAGCGGGAGCAGCAGCAGCAGCAACAGCUGCAGCAGCAGCAACAGCAGCAGAAGCAGCAGCGCGAGAAGCAGCAGCAUCAGGAGCAGGAGGACGGAAACGAGGAGCAGCACUGCGCGCAGCUGCAAGAAAAGAAGGCAAGGAGGGGGAAGCUGCAGCGUCAGCAGCAGGAAGAGCCGCAGGAUGAGCAGCAGCAGCAGCGUCAGCAGCAGCAGGUAAAAGGGCAACCGACUGGCCCGGAGCCUCAGCAGCACGUAACAAGCAGCAGCGUCAGCAGCAGCAAAGAGAGCAGCAGCAGCAGCUUGGCGACAAGCAGCAGCAGCACCAGAAAUGUGGGGCGCCGCAGAGCUCGAGCACCAUCAAAGUCAUCAGCAGCAGCAGUUGCUGCUGCUGCUGCUGCUGCAACAGAUGCUGCUGCCUCCCCAGAGGCGAAGCGGAGGAGGAGAGAAAAGCACGACGUGCAACAAGCAGCAGCAGCAGCAGCAGCAACUGCUGCUGCUGCAGCUGCUGCAGCUGCUGCAGAAGGCAGUGUUACUGCUGUUGCAAAUGAUGACUUCUGCGUCAUUGAGGCCUUCGCUUAUCCGGGUAAGGAGCAGCAGCCCCAGCAGCAGCCGCAGCAGCCGCAGCAGCAGCAGCAGCAGCAGCAAAGCAGGCGGAAGCGAAAGCAGUCACCUUCCCAGAACAUAGACGCGUUCUUUCCUGCGCUGCUGAGCGUAGAUCAGAGCAGCACAACAGCAGCAGCAGCGCCAGCAGCAGCUGCUGCUCGCGCUGCUGCUGCUGACAGUGCUGCUGCUGCACCGCCUACAAAGAGCAGAGCCAGACAGGCAGCAGUACCUGCUGCAGGGGCGGGAGCAGCAAAGGCGCCUAAGGAAAGCAGGCGCAAAGCUGCAGCAGCAGCAGCAGCAGCGAGCAGUGAUGCCGCUGCUGCUGCUGCAGCAGCAGCACGCGCAGCGAAGACUGGAGGGGACUCUCCGCUGCUGCCGAAGGGCAGGAAACAGCCGGGAGCAGCAGCAGCGGCGACGCCGCUGCUGCUUCGAAGGCCCCAGGACCCUUCAGAGCUAGCUGACUUUUCGCAGCGGGUGCGGCAGCGGCUGGUUCUAGUGGAGCAGCAGCUGCAGCGGUUGCAGCAGGAGCAACAGUGUCUUUUAGCUGCUCUCUGGGACCUGGGGCCUGCAGCAGUUGCAGCAGAAGCCCCUGAGGCCUUUCCAGCGCUGCAGCAGGGGCUGCGCGUGGCUGAAUAUCUUGAGCAGCUGCAGCAGCUUCAGGCGCAGCAGCAGCAAGCGGAAGCUCCCAAACAAUGUGCUACCAAAGAGCAGCAGCAGCAGGCGUUGCCACCGCAGCAGCAGCAGCAGCAGCAGCAGCUCGAUGAACGGCAGCCCGUAGAUCCACACGAUGCGGGGCACUCUCUCCCGCGCCAGCCGAUGUCUGAGCAGCUGCUGCAGCAGCAGUGGGAGCAGCUGCGGCUGCAACAACAGCAGCUGCGUCUGCAGCAGCAACACGUGCUGCUGCAGCAGCAACUGUGUGCUGUCAUGCUGCUGACAGGCCUCGAGUCCCCUAUUCAGAGAGAAGCAGCAGCAGCACCAGCAACAGCAGCAGCAGCACCGGCAGCAGCACCAGGAGAAGCAGCGAGAGCAGCAACGGAAGCUCCUAGUGCAUCUUCAAGGCAUGAAAGGCAAAUUAAUGCAGCAGCAGCAGCUGCUGCUGCUGCUGCAGCAAGUCCAGCAGCUGAAUGCCCACCACGCGUGCCAUCAGCGGGGCAGACAGCCUCAGCCAUGAGUGGCGCAGAAGCUUCGUUGUCUGUGGAAGGUGUACGUGCAGCAGCUGCAGCAGCUGCAGCGGCAGCAGCAGCAGCAGCAGCAGGAGUUGCUGCGCGGGCAGCUGACGGCAUGGCAGCAACACCGAAAGCCACCGCAGCAGCGGCAGAAGCCAAGGCAGCAGCAGCUGCAGCACCUAACUCGAGCAGAUCCGCAGUAGUCUCUGCAGCAGCAGCUGCAACAGCAGCUGCACCAGCAGCAGCUGCACCAGCUGCACCAGCAGCAAAUGCAAAUUACCUUCGUGCUGCUGUUGCUGCAGCAGAAGAAACCGCUGCGACAGUGGCGGGGGGGUUGCCCCUGGUUCGCAGCAGGACGACAGCAGCGGCGGCGAAAGCAACAGAAGCAGCAGCAAAUACAGAUAGAACAGCAGCAGCAGCAACAGCAGCAGCGGAGGAUUGGGCUGCAGGGACAACUGCUGCUGCUGGGACACCUCCUGCAGCAGCAGCUGCUUCUGGAGCAGCUAAUGCGAAGACGGCGGAGCGGACACGGGAGGCCUCACACGUUGCACCGCCUCAGCAGCAGCAGCAGCAGCAGCAGGAGCAGCAGCGAGACAACCAGCGAGCUGCCGGCAAAUUGAGUUUGUGGAGUAUUGCUAAGGCAUGCGGAUCGUCGUUGAUGCGGAGUGCCUCUAGCGGAGCAGCAGCUGCAGCAGCAGCUGCAGCAGCAGCUGAGAACGGUCCGCGUGGUCUAGCCAAGUCUUCCGCUGCAGCAGCAAAUGCAGCGCCAGACACAGCAGCGGCAGCAGCAGCAGCUGAAACGGACUCAGAAUUACCCUCUGCCGUCGCAGAAGUCUCUUCAUUUUGGAAGCUGCUGCUGCCUCGACGCCGCAAGGCAACUCCAGCUUCUGCUGCUGCUGCUGCUGCUGAUCCGCAGGUAUCCGUGGAAGGCACGUCCCAAGCAAUCUCAGCAGCAGCAGCAGCAGCAGCAGCUGGCCCCGACGCGUCGCAGCAGCAGUUGCUGAAGGCGUGGGGCCCUGCUGCAGCACGCAGUACUUUGCCUGCCGCAGCACGAGUGCGCUGCAUGGCUGCGCUGCCGCUUGUGGCAGCAGCAGCAGCAGCAGAAGACGAACAAUACAUCUGCGUUGGCGGAGCAGCUGCGUCUGCUGCAGAACCAUCUGAAGCAGCUGUUGCUGCUGCUGCAUCUCAAGCAGCAGCAGCAAGGGCUGCUGCGUACAGCCCAGCCUCAGCAGCAGCAGCAGCAGCAGCAGGAGACGAGCAGUACAUCUGUGUGGGCGGGGCAGCUGCUUGUGCAGCAGGACUAACUGAAGCUAGAACUGCUGCUGUAUCUCAAGCAGCUGCAGCAAGAGCUGCUGCUCAAAGCCCAGUCUCAGCAGCAGCAACAGCAGCAGAGCGCUCCCCACACACUGCAGCGGGAAGCAGUUAUGUUGCAGCAAAGCAGCCAGGAGAGGCCCCGGGGGCCCAUGCGGGGGCCCCUAGCCUGGCAGCAGCAGCGCCGGCAGAAGCAGCAGCUGCUGCUGGCGCUGCAGCAGCAGCGAAACUAAAGCAAGCAGCGGAAUGCUAUAGCAGCGACUGCAGCAAAGCGGGAAGCGCAACACCCCCCAGCUGGCCUGCCUCAGCUUGCAGCAGCGAGGCCAGUGCAGCAGCAGCAGCAGCAGCGGAGAAGAAUAUAGCUGCCGCGGCAGCAGAAGCAGCGGAAGCAGCCUGGCAAGCAGCAGGCGAGACAGACUGUGUGGGGAGCUGGUCGCAGCUGCUGCCUGCUGCUUUUAGCUGCAUGUUUCCUGAGCCUCUGAAACAGCUGCUGUUUGUGCAGCAGCAGCAGCCGCAGCAGAUCAGAGAGGCGCUAGCGCGGCUGCGGAGGCAGCGUGUGAGGAACCGGCUCCAGCUGCAGCACCUUCAGCAGCAGCAGCAGCAGCUGCAGCAGCAGCAGCAGCCGCAGCAGCAGCCGCAGCUGCAGCAGCAGCAGCAACGCCUGCAGGCACUCGCUGAUGGCUUGGCUUUCCUUGACUCAUUUCUUGCUACGAAGAGGGCAGCAGGCGCAGCAGCAGCAGCAACAGCAACCUGA